GCCUUACUUAAGCUGCCGAAUGCACCGGAGUGCACUUAAUCCGCCCCACUCUAUGAUUUCAUUGGUUGUCUGGGGACCAUUACCCAGGGAUUGCCGCCGCCUCCCGUCACCACACCUUCCUGCUCCUGCUGGCUGGCCUUUACUACCUUACCUCCAUUACCGCACCUGCCUGCCUCCGAAACAAAGCUUCCCAUCUGCAAACCUCCCACCCUAUCUCCGCCAACCACGAAUUCUCUCCUUCACAUACCAGGAAGGGAUAUAAACCCAACACAAAUCGUCUUUCCUUUCUGCUUUUCUGCCGAAGAGGAAAUUCUCCCAUUGACAGCUACCCCACACAGCUGUCGAUCCCACCUUCACACCCAUACUCCGACUGCAUACGAGUAUCCGAAUCAUCAGAAACAGUCGAUCAAGAUGGCGCCUCCGUCGGAACAGCCCGCCGAGCAUAAGAAGAAGGUCAACUUGAUGUGAGUAAAUACCCACCGCGCCUACUUCGUCAAGUAGCUCGCCCAAGGAAGGAAUCACACUGACAAUACCUACCAGGGAUGCCUCUGGUGCUGAGGUCA